AGAAGCGGCGCGGUCAUGGCGGAGCGCGGACAGCAGCCUCCUCCCGCGAAACGGCUCUGCUGCCGGCCGGGCGGCGGCGGCGGCGGCGGCGGCGGUGGUGGGGGCAGCAGCGGCGGCGGCGCGGGUGGCGGCUACAGCUCUGCCUGUCGGCCCGGCCCGCGGGCGGGCGGUGCGGCGGCGGCGGCGGCGUGCGGGGGCGGCGCGGCACUGGGGCUGCUGCCGCCGGGCAAGACCCAAAGCCCCGAGUCUCUGCUGGACAUCGCAGCGCGCAGGGUGGCGGAGAAGUGGCCGUUCCAGCGCGUGGAGGAGCGCUUCGAGCGCAUCCCGGAGCCGGUGCAGCGCCGCAUCGUCUACUGGUCCUUUCCCCGCAGUGAGCGGGAGAUCUGCAUGUACUCGUCCUUCAACACCGGCGGCGGCUCCGCGGGCGGCCCCGGCGACGACAGCGGCGGCGGCGGCGGCGGCACGGGCGGCGGCGCGGGCGGCGGCGGCGGCUCCUCAUCCUCGCCGGCCGCCACCUCAGCCGCCGCCGCCGCCGUCGCCGCGGGCACCGGGACCCCGUCGGUGGGGGCGGCCAGCGCUGCGGACGGCGGCGACGAGACGCGGCUGCCCUUCCGCCGGGGUAUCGCGCUGCUGGAGAGUGGCUGCGUAGACAACGUCCUGCAAGUCGGUUUCCACUUGAGUGGCACAGUGACAGAACCUGCAAUACAACCGGAGCCAGAAACCGUUUGCAACGUGGCCAUCAGCUUUGAUCGUUGCAAGAUUACCUCAGUGACCUGCAGCUGUGGAAACAAGGACAUAUUUUAUUGUGCCCAUGUUGUGGCACUGUCUUUAUACCGCAUCCGCAAGCCAGAGCAGGUCAAACUGCAUCUUCCCAUUUCAGAGACUCUCUUUCAGAUGAACAGAGACCAGCUACAAAAGUUUGUUCAGUAUUUGAUCACAGUGCACCACACAGAAGUCUUGCCAACUGCACAGAAGCUAGCAGAUGAAAUUCUCUCCCAGAAUUCAGAAAUCAACCAAGUUCAUGGUGCUCCUGAUCCUACGGCGGGUGCUAGUAUUGACGAUGAGAACUGCUGGCACUUGGAUGAAGAGCAGGUGCAAGAACAGGUGAAAGUGUUCCUCUCCCAGGGAGGGUACCACGGGUCAGGAAAGCAGCUCAACAUGCUCUUUGCAAAGGUGCGGGAGAUGUUGAAGAUGAGAGACUCCAAUGGGGCCCGUAUGUUGACCUUGAUCACAGAGCAGUUCAUGGCUGACCCUCGCCUGUCACUUUGGAGGCAGCAAGGCACUGCAAUGACUGACAAGUAUAGGCAGCUCUGGGAUGAGCUUGGUGCUCUGUGGAUGUGUAUCGUUUUAAACCCCCACUGUAAGUUGGAGCAAAAAGCCAGUUGGCUAAAGCAACUGAAAAAAUGGAACAGUGUUGAUGUCUGUCCGUGGGAAGAUGGAAAUCAUGGCAGUGAAUUACCCAACCUAACCAAUGCUCUGCCUCAGGGUGCAAAUGCCAACCAAGAUUCAUCGAACAGGCCUCAUCGGACAGUGUUCACGAGAGCCAUCGAGGCAUGUGAUCUCCACUGGCAGGAUAGCCACUUGCAGCACAUUAUCAGCAGUGACCUGUACACCAACUACUGUUACCAUGACGACACUGAAAACUCCCUCUUUGACUCCCGGGGGUGGCCCCUCUGGCAUGAACACGUCCCUACAGCCUGUGCAAGAGUGGAUGCGUUGCGUUCUCACGGGUACCCCAGAGAAGCACUGAGACUAGCAAUAGCUAUUGUGAACACAUUACGACGACAACAGCAGAAACAGUUGGAAAUGUUCCGGACUCAAAAAAAAGAGCUGCCCCAUAAAAGCAUAACUUCAAUAACCAAUCUGGAAGGCUGGGUUGGACACCCCCUGGACCCUGUGGGCACUCUCUUCAGUAGCCUUAUGGAAGCUUGCCACACUGACGGUGACGCCUUCUCUGGCUUCUCCGAUUGUACAGACAACAUGGGACAAUGCAAGUCCCUGGAGUACCACCAUCUGCCUGCACACAAGUUCUUAGAAGAAGGGGAAUCCUAUGUAACCCUGGCUGUGGAGGUGGCCCUGAUCGGACUGGGACAGCAGCGGAUCAUGCCUGACGGGCUGUACACACAAGAGAAGGUUUGCCGGAACGAGGAGCAGCUCAUCUCUAAGCUUCAGGAAAUCGAAUUGGAUGACACACUGGUGAAAAUUUUUCGAAAGCAAGCAGUCUUCCUAUUAGAAGCUGGACCAUAUAGUGGCUUAGGUGAAAUAAUCCAUCGGGAGAGUGUUCCAAUGCACACAUUUGCCAAGUAUCUCUUCACCUCUCUCCUACCUCAUGAUGCUGAAUUAGCAUACAAAAUUGCACUGAGAGCAAUGCGGUUACUAGUAUUGGAAUCUACUGCUCCGACAGGAGACCUCUCCCGCCCCCACCACAUUGCGUCAGUCGUCCCCAACCGAUACCCUCGCUGGUUCACUUUGAGCCACAUUGAGUCCCAGCAGUGUGAGCUGGCAUCCACCAUGCUAACUGCAGCCAAAGGCGAUGUUCGGAGGCUGGAGACAGUAUUAGAAUCCAUCCAGAAAAACAUCCACUCCUCAUCACACAUCUUCAAGCUUGCCCAAGAUGCAUUUAAAAUAGCAACUCUCAUGGACAGCUUGCCAGACAUCACUCUUUUGAAAGUGUCUCUGGAGCUGGGCCUGCAGGUCAUGCGAAUGACCCUGUCAACCCUCAAUUGGCGACGUCGAGAAAUGGUGCGGUGGCUGGUGACAUGUGCUACUGAAGUGGGCGUUUAUGCCCUGGACAGCAUCAUGCAGAGCUGGUUUACACUUUUCACUCCCACGGAGGCCACGAGUAUUGUUGCGACUACCGUGAUGUCCAACAGCACCAUAGUCCGCCUCCACCUGGACUGCCAUCAACAGGAAAAGCUGGCCAGCAGUGCCCGGACGCUGGCAUUGCAGUGCGCCAUGAAGGACCCGCAGAACUGCGCCCUCUCUGCACUGACCCUCUGUGAAAAGGACCACAUAGCUUUUGAGACGGCGUACCAAAUCGUCCUUGAUGCUGCUACCACCGGCAUGAGCUACACACAGCUCUUUACAAUAGCACGGUACAUGGAGCACCGUGGGUACCCGAUGAGGGCCUACAAGCUGGCCACGCUGGCCAUGACCCAUCUCAACCUGAGCUACAAUCAGGACACACACCCUGCCAUUAAUGACGUUCUGUGGGCCUGUGCGCUUAGUCACUCCCUCGGUAAGAAUGAGCUAGCAGCUAUAAUACCUCUGGUGGUUAAGAGCGUCAAAUGCGCAACGGUACUGUCGGACAUUUUGCGCAGGUGCACCCUGACCACCCCGGGCAUGGUGGGACUUCAUGGAAGGAGGAACUCUGGCAAGCUCAUGUCACUGGACAAAGCCCCCUUGCGGCAGCUCUUGGAUGCCACGAUCGGGGCCUAUAUCAACACAACGCACUCACGCCUCACACACAUCAGUCCUCGGCACUAUAGCGAGUUUAUCGAGUUCCUCAGCAAGGCCCGAGAGACCUUCCUAAUGGCACACGAUGGACACAUUCAGUUUACACAGUUUAUCGACAACCUGAAACAAAUCUACAAAGGCAAAAAGAAGCUGAUGAUGUUGGUUCGGGAGAGGUUUGGUUGAUAGAACUUGUAUGAAUGGGGUGGGGGUGGGGCGGGAGGGGCGGUUUGUUUUUACUUGAGCCUGCCUUUGUACCCUUUUUAACUUAAAGAACAGAGCCACACCGGUAUUAUAUGUGUAUAGUUAUAUUGCGUUUGCAGACUAAAUUGUCAUGUUGUGAAAGUUUGUGUGUUUUUAUGUUUUUCCCUUUUUCUUUCCUUUUGUUUUUAAUUCCUUUUAUUAUUAUUAUUAUUAUUAUUGGUUUGUGUGAGAGAGGUUGAGAAGGUUUGGUUUACACUGAGUAUAUGUUGUCAAGUGGCGAAAGUCCACAUAGCUCUCCUGUUUUCUGUAUACGUUCACAGCCUCAAAAAAAAAAAAUAAUUGAAAUGGCUUUAAAAACCAAACAGAACACCUCCAUCCUGUGAUAAGUACCUCGAAUGGAUUCAGCUUUACUCCUUUGUAACUCAUCCUCACAUUUUCAGCAUAUGUAACAAACCAACAAAAUGAAAUACUAGUAGUGAAAAGGCUGACCCACGUGGCUUUGCAGUGCUCUUCGUCCAGAAGCAUGGCACACGAUGCUUGUGCAUGUGGAAACUUAGCGACUGUCAACAUACAUUCUCAGGGAUUUAUCCAAAAAAAAUUAAAAAAAAAAGAAUGAGAGCAUUUAUUGUACUGUAUAUAUAUUAUAGUAUAUGUCUGAAUAUUGAAAAUAUAACAUUAACUAAUUUAUAAAAAAUAUUCUAUGUAAUGCAAAAAUACUUGAAGCUGCAGUAGCUUGGUUUUAAACAAAAACAAAAAAUGGAGAGGAAACGUAUCAGAAGGACAGAAAGUACGCCUUGCUUCGGGGUUGGCUCAGGCCAUGAACCUUCAUGCCGGGCGGUGACGCACAGCCACCUACCGACUGCGUGGCUGGACUGAGAUCUAUCGGGAAGAUUCUAUACGUAUAUAUAUCUAUACAGCUUCUGUAUACAUAUGUAUAUGUAGACACACAGACACCAACAACCACUACACCACACAUGCUUGUAACAGGCACUCGAAUAGAGAGGGGCAACACACAGCAAGCCUUAGCAUUAAGAACAUACAGUGUGCCAGAACCGGGGUUCGUGCCUCCUAGCCUAGGAAACUUAAAAUAUCCUUUUGACACAAAACGCAAAAUGUUUUCCAAGACAAUUGACAUGAUACAUUACGCCUUUGCAGUGAGCUAAUAAGCUAACAUUUGUGCACAGAUAACAUUAUAUAUAUUAUAUAUCUAUUCUGCAUAGGGAUUUUGACUGUGCAGGACAGAAAGUUGUGUAGGUCUGACUGUUCUACUUUUCAGUUCUCUCUCUCUCUCUUUAAUAUAUUUUAUUUUCUCUAGAAUUACUCAAACAGAAGCAGCCUUCUAUCUUGCCUUUGUCUUAAUGCUUUAAAAUAACCAAACUGGAGAUCUAACUACCAAACUGUUCAUUAUAUUAUUAAAAUACCAACCUUGGUUACAGUGUAGUGUCUUUACUUUAGCUGAUGGUUCUGUAACCUUGUGCUUUUUAAAGCAACCUUAUGUUUUGGUGCAAAAGUCGUCCUGUGUCUCUUGUUCCCUUCAUUAGAAAACAUGCUAGAGGUAUGUUUGUAGGUAUUUUUGUUUAGAAGAACUAUUUCAUGCGCUCCAUUUUAUUUAUUAUAAUAGGUAAAAAGAAAAAAAAAAGGUUGUACUUCUUCACUCAUGUAAACAUGCUCAUGAAGUUGAAAGUAAUUAAGAUUUGAUACACUGAUAUCAAUUUAUUUAUGUAACUAAAUCACUGUUUUAUAAACUUGUUAAUGAUCAACAAUUUUUGUUUUGAUUAAAAUUAGUUUUUUGAAAGUUGA